ACGUCCAGCCUCCCGGAAGACGGCAGGAGCGACCAGCUGCGUUGUUUUGCUGCUGAGACAACUAGCUAGCCAUCCAUCCAGCGGUGCUAGCAAACAAACAACUAAACUGAAUAUGGCUGGAACUUCAUCAGUAGCUGGUGAAGUAUUUGUCGAUGCCCUACCGUAUUUUGACCAGGGUUAUGAUGCAGCGGGCGUUAGAGAGGCGGCUGCAGCCUUGGUAGAGGAGGAGACUCGCCGAUACAGACCCACCAAGAACUACCUCAGUUAUAUGCCAACACCUGAUUUCACUACAUUUGAAACUGAAAUCAUGAGGAACGAGUUUGAGAGACUAGCAGCCCGGCAGCCCCUGGAACUUCUCAGCAUGAAGAGAUAUGAGCUUCCAGCUCCAUCAUCAGGGCAGAAGAAUGACAUCACUGCAUGGCAGGAGAGUGUGAACAACUCCAUGGCUCAGCUGGAGCAUCAAGCAGUGCGCAUUGAGAACCUGGAACUUAUGGCACACUACGGUACCAAUGCAUGGAAGGUCUACAAUGAUAACCUGGCCUUUAUGAUUGAAUUGGCUCAAAAAGAACUACAGAAAUGUAGAAAGCAGAUUCAGGACUUGAACUGGCAACGGAAGAAUGAUCAGCUUGCAGGCGGGGCCAAGCUGAGAGAGCUGGAGUCAAAUUGGGUGUCCCUCGUAAGUAAGAACUAUGAGAUUGAACGUGCCAUCGUCCAGUUGGAGAAUGAAGUUGGACAGCUCAAACAGCAGCAUGGUGACGAGAACAAGGAAAACAUUCGACAGGACUUCUAGAAACAGAACCUUGCAGAAGAGACAUUUUACAAGAAAGGAAAUGUUGAGCUUGCAGCUGAGAACAACGAAAACCAAUGUGAAAAGAACAGGACUGUCCCUCCAAACUUUAAGAACCUAGUUGCCUUGGCUGCACAGCUUCUUAUGACAGUCUUUACUUUAGUCUCAGACAGUGAC